GUGCUCAGUUCCAAUUGGAAGAACGGGCGAGCAAGACGCGGUGCACGACCAAAGCGUUGUUCAAAAUAAAACACAAAUAAUAAUCUUUCGCCUUAUUUUUUGCGCACAGAAAGUGCAGCAAACGCGUACGCAUUAAAAGAAAGCAAGGGCUUAUUAAAGUAACGGCAUCGCUUGUGCUUGUGGGCGUGUGUAGUGAAAAUGGAUGAAUGAAUUGGUGCCAAAACAAAGAAAAAGUCAAAGACAACAGCAAAAGCAUUAAGAAGCAGCAGGCAGCAGCAGCAACAGCAACAAAAAAAGCACGUACUUGAGUGUUGCUUGCCUGUGUGCGUGUGUUUGUGUGCGCGUGUGUGCUUCUGUUGUGUGUGAGGUCUUUGCAUACGUGUGUGCGUGCUCAGAAAUAUUGCUUAACCCAGCAAAAUAAUCAUGUAAAAUUUUCAAGCAAAAAAUAAGUUCAUACAAAGCCAGAAUAGAGAAAACACGUGAAAAUUGUGAAAAACACAGUGGUAAAUAUAUGGUGAAAGUGCAUCAGCUGAAGCAGUAGCAGCGAGCGAGAAAAUAGCUCGAAAAGAGAUACAGUGAAAAGCAAAUUUUGCCAGCGUCUUCUCUUUCUCGCUCUCUCUAUUUUUCGUUUGCAUUUGUGUUUGUUUUCAUUUCAACAACAAGAGGUGUUAAGUGGAGCCUGUAACAACAACAGGGAGAAAUUUGCAGCAACAAUUUGUGGCAUUUGACAUCGCUUCUUGCUCGCAGCCAGAAUAAUGGCCAUAUUAAAGAUGUUGUCGUCGUUGCCAGCCACGGCUGAGCUGUGCCCAGUUCAGAGUUCGUCAUUCCAGCAGCAGCAGCAGCAGAGCGAGAUUCAGUGCCAAAAUGCGGCCACCGAUGCCGUUGCAGUCAGCAACAGCGUUGCAACAGAAUGAGGCAUUUCAGCAAUCGCCGCCAGCAACACAACAGCUACAGCUACAGCCAUCACACACAGCCACACAGCCGCAGCUGGGACUGGGCUUGGAAUUGACGGCACAAUCGACGCACAAGGCCAAACUGCCGCCACUGGAGCUGCUCGUGGAGCACAAGCUCAGCUAUAGUUCAGCAGCAACAUAUCAGCAACAACAACAACAGCAACAGGAUUCCAGGCAGUCAAACGAUCUCAGAACCCAGUCACAGCUAAAGCGCAGCUCGAUCAGUAGCCCAUCGUCCAGUGAGGAUUGCCAGAUAGCGGCGCGUGCUUCGAUCUUUGAUGACGCUGCCGAGAAUUUCAUUAUCAAUUUUCCGGCCGAAUCAUCGUCGCAACAAUUGCAACUGUUGCCGCUGUCCGAGACGGUGCCACUGCUGACCCAUAUCGAGGCGACGGUGGUGGAUAAGCAGCGUUCCAUACGCUUGAAUAAGAACAGCGCCUCGUUGAUUUUCACACGCAAGGAGCUGAACAGCAACGUUGCCAGCAAUUGCCAGCGGCGACAGCAUCACAGUUUGUACGGUUCGGGGGAACGUCAGCGGAAGCAGACGAAACAUUUGCCGCCCACACGCGGCCAGCAGCAGCGACGCAGUCUGCAGCUUAACUACAGUAACAACCAGGGCAACAAUAGCAAUCACAGCAACAGGAACAGCAACAACAAUCACAACAACAACAAUCUGGUGACCACAGCUGCCUGCGCCGCCGCGAGCACGGCUGGCCCCAAUAACGCCGCCAACGGCGGCAAGCUUGUACCCCACAAGCAUCACACACACACUCACACCCAUAGUCACAGUCACGCCCACAAUCACAGUCACAGUCACGGUCACGGUCACGGCGUGGGUUUGACAUCGCCAACGGCUGCGAACGGCGCUGCAGGCGUCGCUGCCUCAGCGCGCAAGCAACUCUCCUACUCCUGGUACGCGCCAGUCUACAGUGCGCUCGAGGAGGAGCUGGAGCAGGAUUCGAGGGAUUCCUCGCCAAUUCACAAUCUGGCCAAUACAAAGCAUCAGCAACGCGCCAGCAGCCAGCAAAGUGCCACUGCCUCGCAUGCCGCGCCGCAGCAGCAGCCACAGCAGCAGCAGCAGCCGUUGCAGCACUCGGACUCGGACACAAACGAGACAGUUGCGCUGCUGGAGACGCAGACGCGGAACAAGAUCAACAUCAUUUCGGCAAGCGAUGCUGGAGCUGAGCGCAAGGCGUCGCAGCCGACGCGCAUCUCCCUCUCCCUGCCCCAUGCCCCGCACAACUCGCACGCGCUGUCCACCAGCAGUCUGGGCAACGGCAACGUUGCAGCCCUGGCAGCCGGAAGUGGCGCAGCCUUGGCGGGCGGCGGCGGAGCUGUCGAUGUGGAGAGCUCACUUGGCUUAUCGGGCGGACAGUUGCCGCGACGACGACGCUUCGAGAACUUUCUCAAAUCGCUGGUCGGCCUCAAGGGCAGCAGCAGUCGCAGCAGCGAACGGGAACGAGAUCGAGAACGGGAUCGGGAUAGGGAAUCGAUACAGCAGCGUCCCGCCUCGCCAGAGAUACGCAUCACACGCACUCCCUCCGAACAGGAUGUCGUGCUGCGUGAUCCCUCCGGUCGCCAGCAGCUAGCCAAUGGCCAUGCCACCAACUAUGGCAGUCGGUUGAGCAUCAGCGGCUCGAGCAGCUCGCUGAAUGUGGUGCAACAGAAGCUGUGGCACAUGAUGCGUCGCGAGGGCAGCGCCAGCAGCCUGCACCAGGAGAAGUCACAGUCCAUUGUACAGUAUACGGGUCUGCGCAAGUGCGAGACAGUCUUGGCCCUGACCCGACAGAGUCAGAGUCACAGUCACUCGCUGCAUCCCAUGGGAGCGAGCGAACAUGAGGCCAAUUUGAUGAUGGCUGCACGGCACGGAGGCAGCGGCAUCUUCAGCGCUGGCGGCGUAGAGCAGAUACGUCCGUUGAAUCGACUGCGCAACAGUGUGACGAGCAUCAAUGCCACCUGUUCGCGUUGCUCCAGUCUGCUAUCGCUGGCGGCCACCGGAUCGCGUUACUCACUGGCCAAUGGCUUUGUCCCGCGGCCCGAGUCGGUGCAAUCGCUGAGCAUGAUGCCACCACGGCGCACCAGUUGUGAGGAUUCGACGACGCCGGAGCCGCACAUCAAUGUGAAUGCGCAGAUACGGCUGAGCAAUGGCAGCGGCUGUGGCAGCGUGAAUGCCCUUGGCUGCGGGUCACGUAAAAGUUCCGCUGGUCUGCCCAGCGUGAGUCCGAGUCCGCCGUCCAAUGUGACCACAGCGACGCUGCACUCCAACUCCAACAACAGCAACAACAACAACAAUAGUGUAUCCAUUGAGGAGCCGCUGCCUACGACUACGCCGAGUGGCGAAAUGGGCGCCUUUGGCACAACUCAUGCAUAUCCCUUGACGGUCAGCUCGCUGCUGUCGAUGGCCAGUGCCAAUCAGGCGGCGCAGGCUUGUUGUGUCCGCGAUGGCAUCACGCUUAAGCGGCGCGAGAUGCUCGCCUCGGCAGAGGCAACGCCCUCGGCGGGCACACCGGCCACGCCCAUGCUCACGAGUUUCCAGCAAUUCACCUGCAAGCUGUGUCUCAUCGAUGUGGAGACUCUGGGCGAGUCCACGACAUUAGUGCAAUGCGGCUGUCAGUUCUGCACAGAGUGCAUGCGCGCCUAUGUGGAGUUUGAGAUAACCGAAGGCGCCUACGAGAUCUCCUGCCCGGAUGCCAAGUGUCCAGCCCAAGGCGCCAUUUCGCUGCCCGAAAUUGCGAAUCUAACCACAACGAAUCUGCUGAAGAAGCAUCAUCGUUAUCGCUUGAAUCGAGAAAUCGAAUUGGACAAGACGCGCACCUGGUGCCCACGUGCGGGCUGCGAGACAAUUUGCAUGGUGGGUGCCCCAGCUCCAUUUACAGCUGCAACCGCAGCAGCAGCCGCAGCAGCAGCUACUUCUCCUGCUUCCGCGCCAGCUGCUAUGGUUGGCAAUGGAACUGGCUCGAUUUGCCAAAUGGAUGAAUCGCCCUCGACAUCGCAGAGCUAUACACCGCAGUUAGAGGGCGUCAAUACGCCCAGCGUCUUGCUCUCCAUAUCCGUGCACUGUCCGUCGUGUAAGGAUGAGUUCUGUGCGCUCUGCAAGAAGGCGUAUCAUCCAAACAUUAGCUGCGAGGAAUUCGGACGACGCCUGAUUGCCGAUGGACAGGAUGAUAUUGGCAUACCGUUCGAUAAUGAGCUCAUCAAAUGCUGCCCCAUGUGCGCGGUGCCCAUUGAGAAGGACGAGGGCUGCGCUCAGAUGAUGUGCAAGCGUUGCAAGCACGUCUUCUGCUGGUAUUGCCUGGCCAGUCUCGAUGAUGACUUUCUACUGCGGCAUUACGACAAGGGGCCAUGCAAGAAUAAAUUGGGUCAUUCACGUGCCUCCGUUGUGUGGCAUCGUGCUCAAGUUAUUGGCAUAUUUGCUGGCUUUGGCAUUUUAUUAUUGGUGGCAUCACCGUUGCUGCUGCUUGCGGCGCCGUGCAUUAUUUGCUGCAAGUGUCGCGGCUGCAGCGGCUCCAAGAUUGAUGAGGUCGAUGCCGAACUGGAGGAGGAGGUCACCGCAUUGCAGGGCUAGCUCGCUAACCAAUUUUAAUACUGUGUCCCUCAUCCACCUCACUUGACUACAUCGCCGCAGCUCCCCUGACGAGUUAUUUGAAAUGUUUUUUUUUUGUUUUGUUUGUAUCUGCUCUACGACAGCAAAACUAUUGUUAAUGACGAACCGUUUUAAAUUGAUUAUACAUAUAUUUUAAUUGUAUGCAUUGUAUAGUAUGUGUUAACUAAAUUGUGAUAUUUACAGUGAUUCGAUAUACAAAUCGAAUCGAAAAUUUGUUGAACCUAUACAGAGAAAAAGCGCGCCUUUGAUUCUUUUAUAAUUUUUAGGUUUUCGUGUCGAUUUCUUCUUUUUAAUAUACGUAUAUUCGUAUCUGUACCCGUAUCUGUAUUCGUAUCUCUAUCUAUAUCUGUAUCUGUAUAUGUAAAAAUCAAUAAUACAUACAUAUAUGUUUAUUGUUUUAUGUUCUUCUUUUCCACAUUCAACAAGAUUGUAUAAAUUAUGUAAGCCCAAGCAACAUUGUAGCCAGUAAGUUAGCCUAAAUUUACUAGCCCACUCUAGCAUUUUAAGUAUAUAACUAAAUAUAUAUUUCUCAUAAUUCAAAAUGUGCUGCUUUAAUAUCAAAACACAUCCACAACCACACAUACACACACCUUUUUCUGAAGUAUUACGGAAUGCAACUGCUACUAACGAAUCCAACUAAACUGUUAAAUGAUUUCAAAUGUUUGUGCAACUGCUUGGAAAUGCUUUUAACUACUUAUAUACAUACACAGACACAACACACAUGAAUA